AUGAUGCCUUUCUGGGGCCCUGAAGAGCUUGGGCGCCCGCGAAAAAUCACCUCAAAAAGACCCGAGGGUCCGCGACAAACCUGGCUUGGCCCGCAAUGGGUUCUCAUGUCGGCGUUGAUCGGUGUCUUGGCCUUGUCGGCGGGGCUCUUCAUGAGUGACCCGAUUGUUGAGUUUGCACUGGAUUAUGUCCGACCCAUGAACCGAGAUAGCUAUUGGGAGGGGCAUCGAGAAGAAGUCAAGGAUGUGUUUGUAGAAAGCUGGGAUGCGUACUCUAAAUACGCCUGGGGGAAAGAUAUCUUUCACCCCAUCUCCAAAACAGGGGAGCAAAUGAGCCCAAGUGGACUCGGGUGGAUCAUUGUCGACAGUCUAGACACGCUGAUGAUCAUGAACCUAACUUCUCAACUCUCCGAUGCUCGGGAAUGGCUCGAGCGGGACUUGACCUACGACCAGGAUCAAGAUGUCAAUACUUUUGAAACGACCAUUCGCAUGCUGGGUGGGCUACUGUCUGCACACUACUUAUCGACUCAGCUCCCCGAUAUUUCAUCCCGUCGUGACUCUGUUUACCUCGAAAAGGCUGUCGAUCUAGGAGAUCGUCUUCUAAGUGCUUACGAGUCUAGAUCCGGGAUCCCAUACUCCAGCGUGAACAUCGGCACCCGAGAAGGCCUUCGAUCUCACACGGACAACGGAGCGUCGUCAACAGCUGAAGCCACAACGCUUCAGUUAGAGAUGAAAUACCUUGCUAAUCUCACGGGCAAUGAGGUCUACUGGCAAAAGGCUGAAAACGUUAUAAAGGUUGUGGAUGCUCACCGCAGGCCAGAUGGCUUGUUGCCCAUCUUCGUGAGUCCUGAUACCGGAAACUUUCGCUCUAGAGAGAUCCGCCUAGGAAGCCGCGGCGACUCUUACUAUGAGUACCUAGCAAAGCAAUAUUUGCAAACCCGAGGACAAGAGCCGAUCUACAGCGAAAUGUGGGAGGAGGCUCUGGCAGGUAUCCAAAAACACCUAGUUACAACCACUAAAUACUCCAAUCUUCAAUUCAUUGCCGAGCUACCAAGGGGUAUCGGUGGGAAGUUGUCUCCCAAAAUGGACCACCUCGUUUGCUUCCUACCAGGCUCAAUUGCAAUCGCCGCAACCGAGGGAAGAGCCGAGGCCGAGGCACGCAAGCUCCCCACCUGGAAUGCUCGAAAAGAAGAGCAGAUGAAGCUUGCGAGAGAGCUCACGAAAACUUGCUGGGCAAUGUAUGCGGUGACGAAAACAGGCCUGUCGCCCGAAAUUGCCUGGUUGAGAGUCGACGAUGCUGAUCUCCAACCCAAUCCUGGGUCAAGAUCACGGGAGAAAAGCAGCGAUGAUUUGGAAUCUUGGAAAAAGGAUUUCAAAAUCAAGCCCCUGGAUUCGCAUAACCUACAGCGCCCGGAAACUGUGGAGAGCCUCUUCUUGUUGUUCCGGGUUACGGGAGACCCUGUCUAUCGGAAAAGGGGAUGGGAGAUUUUCAAAUCAUUCAAGGAGCACACGCUCGCUCCCGAUGGCGAGGGUUACUCUUCUUUGAACGAUGUCACCAAGAUUCCUUCACCACCACGCGACAACAUGGAGAGUUUCUGGCUGGCCGAAACUUUGAAGUACUUGUACCUCCUUUUCUCCCCUAGGAACUAUCUCCCGCUUACGGACGUUGUUUUCAACACAGAGGCGCAUGUGUUCCCUCGGUUUGAGCUGAACAAAUUCCAAACUGGCUGGACACGAAAAGCGCGCUCUAAAGCAUGA